UUGCUUACAUCUGGCUAUCUAUUGUGGAAGGAAGAGUUUUACAAGCUAGUAGAUGGUGUUGUGAUGGGCUCACCGGUAUCGCCCAUUUUCGUCGAUAUGUUCAUGGAGGACUUUGAGGAGAAAGCCCUCUUUACUACUACUACUGGACCUGUAACUCCAAGGUUCUAUAAGCGCUAUGAAGAUGAUACUUUCACAAUUUUACCAUCAGAAAAAAAAGCGCAAAGGAUCUGUGGCAGCAAACACCUGGCCGCCGAGCAGCACGUCAGGCAGAUUCUGCACGACAACCUUUGGGUCCCGCGCCUACGUCACAGUGAUUGA